CUUUGUGCUUGGCAAACAAAGAACAGAGCUUGGGGCCCUCUUCUCCUGGGGGUGGGGGCAGGCCGACAGGCUGUUGACAGCACCGGAGGCUGAACCACGGGGCUGGGCUUGGCAGGAGCAGGCUGUGCCCUCAAGCAGCGGGGAGGACCCCAGAGCCCUCCCAGGCCUUACAGCUGAGGCCCCGCCUUCCCUGCCGUGAGGUGGGGGCCACCAGGAUGAACAAACUGUCUGGGGAGCUGGCCCGCGACUUGGAGCGCAGCCUCCCCGCGGUUGCCUCCCUCGGCUCAUCGCUGUCCCACAGCCAGGGCCUCUCCUCACGCUUCCUCCCGCCCCCUCUGGAGAAGCGCCGCGCCAUCUCCGAUGUCCGCCGCACCUUCUGUCUCUUUGUCACCUUCGACCUGCUCUUCAUCUCCCUGCUCUGGAUCAUUGAGCUGAACACCAACACAGGCAUCCGGAAGAACCUGGAGCAGGAGAUCGUCCACUACAACUUUAAAACUUCCUUCUUUGACAUCUUUGUCUUGGCCUUCUUCCGCUUCUCGGGACUGCUCCUGGGCUAUGCUGUGCUGCGACUCCGGCACUGGUGGGUGAUUGCGGUCACCACACUGGUGUCCAGUGCAUUCCUCAUCGUCAAGGUCAUUCUCUCCGAGCUGCUCAGCAAAGGGGCAUUCGGCUACCUGCUCCCUAUCGUCUCCUUUGUCCUUGCCUGGCUGGAGACCUGGUUCCUUGACUUCAAAGUCCUACCACAGGAGGCCGAGGAGGAGCGAUGGUAUCUUGCUGCCCAGGCUGCUGUCGCCCGUGGACCCCUCCUCUUUUCUGGCGCUCUCUCCGAGGGCCAGUUCUAUUCACCCCCAGAAUCCUUUGCAGGGUCUGACAAUGAAUCCGAUGAAGACGUUGGGAAGAAAAGCUUCUCUGACCAGGAACGGGAGUACAUCCAUCAGGGGAAGGAGGCCAUGGCGGUGGUGGACCAGAUCUUGGCCCAGGAGGAGAACUGGAAGUUUGAGAAGAACAAUGAAUACGGGGACACUGUGUACACCAUCGAGGUUCCCUUUCACGGCAAGACAUUCAUCCUGAAGACCUUCCUGCCCUGCCCCGCCGAGCUGGUGUACCAGGAGGUGAUCCUGCAGCCCGAGAGGAUGGUGCUGUGGAACAAGACCGUCACUGCCUGCCAGAUCCUGCAGCGAGUCGAGGACAACACCCUCAUCUCCUACGAUGUCUCUUCGGGGGCCGCGGGCGGGGUGGUCUCCCCCAGGGACUUCGUGAACGUGCGGCGCAUCGAGCGGCGCAGAGACAGAUACCUGUCCUCGGGCAUCGCCACCACGCACUGCGCCAAGCCCCCAACACACAAAUACGUCAGGGGCGAGAAUGGUCCUGGGGGCUUCAUCGUGCUCAAGUCAGCCAGCAACCCCCGAGUCUGCACCUUCAUCUGGAUCCUUAAUACAGAUCUCAAGGGCCGCCUGCCCCGGUACCUCAUCCACCAGAGCCUCGCGGCCACCAUGUUCGAGUUCGCCUUUCACCUGCGGCAGCGAAUCGGAGAGCUGGGGGCCCGGGCGUAACCGCGCCCUGUCGCCACCCUGCAGGCCAGGGUCCUGUCACCACAGCCUUCAGAGCCGGGGAGGGGGCCAGUGGGGCUUCCCGCUGCCCAAAGAGGACCUGGCCUCAAGCAGUGGGGGGGGAAGAAGUUUCCUCCUGCGGCAGCACCUUGGCCACAAGCUGCCACCGUCUGCCAUGCUGCGCUGUGCCCGGGGGGCCGCGACUGUGAGCAGGUCGUGCGGUCGGGCCUCUGGACUCCGGGGCUCUGUGGCCACGGCAAGUGGGGUCUCCCCUGCCGACGUUUACACAGUGACUGGCCCUGCCUCCUGGAGGACGAGAUCCACGGUGCCCUGCCUAGCGGGGGCAGGAUCUGGAAUGGGCAUGGCAGACGCGGCGGGGGAGCGCCAGGGCCCUGAGCAGGACAGAGGUCGGGGUGGCCUGGUCCCCAGUGUGGGGAUACAGGAGCCCCUUCGUCUGCCUGCUCUCUCAUCCUGGUUUUUCAGGAUUAUUUAAAGGGUCUGGGACCUUUGCCCACAUGCACUUGCUAGGGAGCGGGUGGCAGUGGGGGGGGGGGAGUGCUGGCAGCCAACCUCUGCCGCUCCCAGGUUCUCUCCCUCCCCACGUUCCUUGGGGACCUUUGUGAUUUGAGCCAAUUAUUAAAAAUGAACUCAAAAAAAAAGAAAGAAAGAAAGAAAGAAAGAAAAAGAAAAAGAAAGAAAGAAAAA